AUGUUGCGUUUAUUUUUAAAACCAACUACAACGAAUAUCAAAUCGGUUUUUCGACGGUUUCCAGUGAUCACUAGAAACGCUCACAUUGCUAAGACUCGUAUUCAACGGUUACACCACGAUGGAAUUGAUUACAAUCGGCAAUCAGUUGAGAUAGAUCAUGUCGAACAUAUUUACCGAUGUACAUUCUACAAAGAUGCUGAUAUUUGGACAUUGUAUAAAACAAUCUGCCCAAACGUACGCACACUUGGUGAUACUCUGUAUGAAGGUCGUACGGCUUCAAAUGACGGGCCAUGUGUUGGUACUUUACAAAAAUCGAAUACGAUCGAUUGGUUAUCCUAUUCGAAAGUCAUCGAACGAAGUCGUCUCAUUGGCUCAUAUCUAUGGACGACGACAAAUCUGACACCAAACGAGUCAAAGGUAGCCAUUAUGUCACUGAAUCGGCCUGAGUAUCUGUUUAUUGAACAAGCUUGUUACAUGUAUGGCUUCGUUCUUGUCAAUCUCUACACUAGUUAUGAGCCUGCAACCGUUAUGAAUUUACUUGAACGAACUACAGCUGAUGUUCUUGUGAUUGAUGACAUUGAACGUAUUCGAUCUUAUCAAAAUCAACUAUUGAAAAAUGAUCGAAUCAAAAAGAUUAUUGUUAUGAACGGUUUACGUCAAGAGGAAAAUAGUAAAAUUCAAAGUUUAUCAUCGAUUUUGAAAGCAAUUAAGGCAGACGAUAUUCGCAAACGACCGACUAUUGAUCCAGAUAGUAUAGCUACAUUGAUUAUGACGAGUGGCACAACAGGUGAUCCGAAAAUAUCUAUGUUAUCGCAUGAAAAUCUUCUGGCGGCAUCCAAAGGUAAUAUUCUUCGUACAGAACGUGCCAAUCUCAAAGGAUCUGUUACCGUAGAUCAAAUCAUCCCUCAAUUUACCUCUAAAGCUUAUUCGUCAUCCUCUAUAGGUGAUCCGAAAAUAUCUAUGUUAUCGCAUGAAAAUCUUCUGGCGGCAUCCAAAGGUAAUAUUCUUCGUACAGAACGUGCCAAUCUCAAAGGAUCUGUUACCGUUCGGCACUGCUCAGUCUUGCCGUUAGCUCACAUAUUCGAGCGGUUUAUUCUUCUUGGCGUCCUAUUACGCGGAAAUCAAGUUGUGUUUUGUCCACAGCCCGAAAAGCUACUUGAAUACUUUGCCAUGGUAAAACCAACACAGGUCACCGUUGUACCUCGUAUUCUCAACAAGAUCUAUGAUGGAAUCAUGCUCGAAGUUGGUCAGAGUAAGCUCAAACAAUAUCUUGUUCAACAAGCAUUGCGUUCUACAGAAUCAAAUUGGUUCUCGCGUUUAAUUUUUCGUAAAGUAAAAAAUCUGUUCGGUGAUGAGUUGAAAGCAGUGUUUGUUGGCGCAGCACCUAUUACACGCGAUGUUUUACAUUUUUAUCGCAUUGCACUCGAUAUACCUGUUAUGACUGGAUAUGGACAAACAGAAUCGACAGCUUGCGCUACGAGCACACACGCUGGUGACACAGCAUUUGACGUCAUUGGUUCGCCAGUGGCGACGGUGGAAAUCAAACUUAUUGAUGUACCAAACACGAACUAUCAAAGUCACAUGAAUCAAGGAGAGAUUUGUAUUCGAGGUCCCGUCAUUUUCGAAGGGUACUAUGAUGACGAAGUGAAAACAGGCGAGACUAUUGAUGAAAAAGGUUGGUUACAUACUGGUGACGUCGGAGAAUGGGCUAGUAAUGGAGCAUUGCGUAUUAUCGAUCGUACAAAGCAUAUAUUCAAACUUAAUCAAGGUACGUAUAUAGCACCUGAACGUCUCGAAGAUAUUUAUCUUCGUUCUCAAUGGGUGGCACAGAUUUUUAUCGAUGGUAUUUCCACAGAAGCAACGGUCGUAGCCAUUGUUGUACCUGAUGAAGAAUAUGUACAAAAACAUUUCAAACCGACAGAAUCAAUACCAUUUGCAGCCGUGUGCAAAGAUGAACAAUUAAAACGAACAAUUUUAUCUGAUUUAAUUCGUCUAGCGAAAGAUAACAAACUGAAAUAUUUUGAAACUGUCAGCAAUAUUCAUCUUCAUCCAGAACCAUUUUCAGUGCAAAAUGGGUUGCUAACUAUAACUCUGAAAACGCGUCGACAAAAUGUUCAAACACAGUUUCGACCGCUCGUACAAUCACUGUAUGACAAAGAGAACCAUUGA